AUGACGUGUCGACUGCGAUGCCUGCUCGCGGUCCUCGCGAGCACGACGGCGCUCGUCGUCCCGCCGGCGCGCCUCAAGACGCGCCGCUCCGUCGCGCCAGCUCAGCGCCCCCCCGCGCCGCUCGCCGACGCCCCGCGCCUCCCGGCCACGGCGACCCUCGCCGCGCGGAGCGCGGCGGCCCCGACGGAGUACGUCGUCUACGAGUCGCGCUGGGCGCACCUCUUCAUGCUGAGCCUCCUCGCGUUCGUCAGCGACCUCGUGUGCUUCGCCACGGCCUCGGACCCGGCCGCGUUCAACGUCGCGACGGGCGAGGACGCGGCGCAGGUCAUCGACGUCUUCCUCUUCGCCAACGUCUUCUCCUGCUUCUUCUUCACGGACGUGAGCCGCGCGCUGGGGCUCCGGCGGUGCGUCGUCGGCGCCGCCGCGCUCAUGGCGGCCGGCUGCGCCUUACGGAGCGGCGUCGCCCUCGACGGCGCGCUGCCGGCCUACUCCCAGAUCCUGGCGGGAACGGUGCUCGUCGGCCUGAGCCAGCCCUUCUUCCAGUGCAGCCCGCCGCUCCUCUCCGCGACGUGGUUCCCGCAGAAGGAGCGCGCUCUGGCGACGGCGACGGCGCUCAACGCGAACCAGCUGGGCAUCGCCGCGGCCUUCAUCGUCGGCGGCUCCAUGCCGCUGCCGGCCUACUUCGUGGCCAUCACGGCGAGCUCCGUCGCGGCGCUCGCGCUCGUCGCCGUCGCGUUCCAGCGGCGGCCGCCGAGCCCGCCGACGGCGUCCGCGGCGGCCGCGCUGGAAAGGGACUCAGAGAACGACGGCGCGUCCGAGACGGUCCUCGGCCUCACCUACCCCGCGGCCCUGCGGGAUCUCAUGCAGGUCGACGGCUUCCUCGCGACGAACGCGGCCUUCGUCGCGUCCAUCGGCGUGACCAACGUCGUCUCCGCGUUCGCCGGCGAGUCGCCGCGCGAGUCGCUGCGGCGCGCGGACUGCCCGGCGUCGGAGCUGAUCCUCGUGGGCGCGGCCUUCCAGGUGGCCAUCGUCGUGGGCGGCGUCGUGCUCGGCGCCUACGUCGACGAGUCGCGGACGUUCAAGCGGACGACGUUGUUGUGUUUGGUCACGGCUCUGAGCUGCAUCUUCACGCUCGGCGUCGCCGAGGGCUACGACGUGGACCUGCCGAACGUGUUGGUGGUUGCCGUGCUCUUGAUUCUGGGCGCGGUGAUCGGACCCGUGCAGCCCAUCAACGCGGAAUUAGCGGUGGAAGUGUCGCACCCGGCGGACGAGAACGCGGUCGAGGCGACGCAGCAGCUCAGCGGGAACCUGUUGUCUGCUCUAUUGGUCCCGCUCUACCAGAUGCUCGCGGUCUACGACGUCAACUUCGUGCCUACGGACGGCACGCCGCACCGCGCGUUCGGCUUCUCGCGGAACGUCUUCGGCGGCGUCUCGGGCCUCGCGGACCAGCCCCGCGACGCGGUCCGGGGCCUCACGCUCGCCGAGCCGCCCUUCAUCCACCACGCCGUCGACAUCCGCGGCGACGACCUGCUGCUCAUGUCGCUGCUCUUCGGCGCGUUCGUCUUCUUCUCCCGGUCGACGUUCGAGCUCCGCCGCUCCGAGGUGGACCAGGGCGGGGCCGUGGACCUGAGUCGGAACCCGAACCGGCUUUAG